AUGGGAUACCUAUCCCGCCUCGCCACAUUCUUCGGCCUCGUGCUGCUGGCCCACGCAGGCUACUCUGCGCACGAACAUACCCUCCUAUCCAGCAACGCCCGUCUCACCAGCGCCUCCAGCGCGCUCCCGCACGACAUCGUCAUCGAAGCCCUCGUCUCGCUCGUCAUCGUCUCCGUGGGCCUUGUGCUCGGGGCCCCGGAAUUGAAGCCUGUUAGUUGGAGCGAGUGGGCGGGACAGAUUGAACGGGAGGGAGGGGCGAGGAAUCCCUAUCGUAGGUUGGAUGAGAGGUAUGGGUUUUGGGAUGUUAGGGCCAAGAGAAAGGAAUUCGCGGACUGGGUGAAGGGAGAUAUCCCGAAGGCUUGA